CAAAGGGGAAGCCGGGUCCUUUUCUAGGGCGGUCGCACAGGCAGCGGCGGUGCGAAGCCGGCCUCAGCCAACAUGUACUACAAGUUUAGCAGUUUCACGCAGAAGUUGGCUGGAGCUUGGGCUUCGGAAGCCUACACCCCGCAGGGGUUAAAGCCAGUUUCCACAGAAGCACCACCUAUCAUAUUUGCCACACCAACCAAACUGACCUCCAGUGUGACAGCAUAUGAUUAUGCUGGGAAGAACAAAGUUCCAGAGCUGCAGAAGUUUUUCCAGAAGGCUGAUGGUGUGCCCAUCCACCUGAAACGAGGCCUUCCAGACCAAAUGCUUUACCGGACCACCAUGGCUUUGACACUGGGAGGGACCAUCUACUGCCUGAUCGCCCUCUAUAUGGCCUCGCAGCCCAGAAACAAAUGAGCUUGCCUGUGGAGGACUGGUUCACUUUGUGACACAAACCCUUUGAAUCCUCACGUUUCAUGUUUUCCACUUGGAUAGUCUACUUAACAUUUUGCAAACAAAGGAAAAGAUAAGAAUACAUUGUUUUGAUUUGUUUAUGGUGUGCAGAUGGCCUGUCAGAUGUCAGAGCUUGUUUGACAGUUAAAACUAUUGUUUAAGAAAAUGUCACUGAGCCAUCACUGAGCUGUGCUUCUGCUCCUGAUUUCCCUGGAGCUCUGCCGGAAAGUUGCUCUCCAGCUCAUUCGUGGCCAGCAGUGCUCAGGGCCUCCGGGACUCAGGUGGUGUCUAAGCAGGAAGCGCAGAAGCCUUUUGGGGUGUAGGUGUGAUUGAGGAAGGAAAACAAAAGCCAGGGGACAGGUGGCGAAGUGAGGGCUGAGUUAGCCACCCUAGGGAUUGCUCCGCCUUGCAGAAAACGUUGAGAGGAAUGAUUAGCAACCUGCCUCUAUUUGUUGGGCAGUUGGUUUCAAAGGGUUGUGUGUCUCGCCCAGAACUUAGGGAAAUGUGUGUUUGUUCCAUCGUGGGAGGAGCACCUGUCAGUGCUUCACGUUAGACAGCUGUGUCAGGAGCUCUCCUUUAAUAAUGCUACGGCUUUACGUUAUGAUUGACCCGACUGCGGAAUAAACACUGGAAUAAAGAUGUUUUUAGUUUGUU